AUGAAUCCAGCCAUGUACCACUCGGUGGAUACUCACGUCGGAACCUAUGCAUCAUUGGAAACUAGUCAAGAACUACCACCACCCCAAUUUCCUUUGACAUCAUCAAGUCAUUCCAUGAUGAACUCUUCCAACAACACCACUCCCUUGAUCGUACAAAACAAACAACAAACUCCUUCCUUGCUCGAUUCUUGGGCUGAAGCUCUGAAAGACUUGGGAAGCAGCUCCUCUUCACAACCCUUGGAUCCCAUUAAAGCCAAUCAGAUCAUCACCUCUGGAACGUACAGCUUAGAGUGCAUUCCAUUGGAUGGUCAUUUGGUCCAUCCGACUCAACUCGGAACCACCUCGACUCGGGUCUGUCUCGAUGUCAUGAUUCAACACAAGGCCAAUCCAACCGUGGUUCAUCGGGUCGGUAGGGAAUUGAGUGUGUCCAUGACCUAUCGAGCCGAUUCCAAGACUCAUCAGGGAGCUUUUGAAAAGAGUGCUUGCUUCAUUGAUAAUAUUGACACGAUCAUUCAGAACGAUCCAUCCAUGAGUCCUGAUAAUUUCACCAUUCAUUUUGUGCUCAAAAAGGUUAAAUCUGGCUUGUUGGAUGUUCAGAAAAUUCUGAUUGCCUUCUCUCCUAGCUUUACAUUGAGUGAUUUCUUGAAAAAGACAGCUGAACCCAAUUUGUAUUCCUUUGAUUUUUAUAAGGAUCAAACAUUGAAAGAACAUGUUGGAAAAUUCAACAUGAGAUUGGGUGUCAAUGCUUACUCGGAUGCACAUUAUUUGGAUUCGUUGCCAAGCGGUUUCUUUGCUAGCAAAACAUUUACAGUUCCUUGCAUUUCGAAACAUAACAUGAUGAGUUGCACGAUAAAAAUCACAGAAAAGGUCACACAAUGGUUGAAUACAUACUCGAGCAAGAUACGUGUGGUCAAUGUGGCCAAUACAAGAGAUACCUCAAACUUGAUUUAUGUGGUCAUGUAUGAAAAGAAGUAA